GCAAUCACUUGCAGUGAAACUCUAGAGGGAAAGAGAUGUUCCAGAAUAAGUAACAGAAAGUUAAAAAAGACUCGAAUUUCGACAGAACAGGCUUGUCCAAAGUAUGGCCCGCGAGACCUCCUGCUCUCCCACCAAUGUGGCCCCCGGGGGGUUGCUUUCAAAAUGUUGGUUUACAAUGAAGAUCACUGACUUCCUCGCUGCUGGUGAUGUAGCUGCUGCUCUCGCUGAAUGCAAUGAUCCUGGCUCCUUCCAACCCAAGAAAUUCUCCAAAACCUCGGGCCUGGCGAAGAAAUCUGCAGAGGAGAUCAAGAAAAUCUUUGCCAUUCUCGAUGACGACAGAAGUGGCUUCAUUGAGAAAAGCGAGCUCAAGUUGUUCCUUCAGUGUUUCUGCCCUGAAGCACGGAUACUCAGUGACUCCGAGACAGACAGCUUUGUGUUGAAUGGAGACGUGGACGGUGAUGGGAGAAUUGAUUUUUCUGAAUUCCAGAAUCUGUUAACUAAAUAAAGAGAAUUCCAGAGGAGUAUUGUUGCCCAGCUGACACCUGAGGACCCAGCGCCCCGGACUCAGGAACGGCCUGCAAUUUAUCGAAGCCAAUGAUGCAAUUCCUGUUUCAACAAGCCUUACCUGGUUGUUAAUCUCUUCAAUCCAGAUGGUGAUUUACUUAAUUAAGAACAAUAAAAGAAUCUUCUUAAA